CGGACAGUGUUUGGUCGAGGGGGUCCAGGUAAGGUCCCCUCCUCUCCGGCUUCACCCCACGUGCCAUCUUCAGGUUUAGCGAGAAAGAGAUAGAAAGAUUUGAUGCAUAUGCCAUCGUAAUUUCGCCAACUUCGAAAUUCUCUGUAGAUUUCUCCAACGUCGCGACCGAUAAGGGAAAACCUGAGAGGAGAAGUGAAGAGAACGCGGCUCUGCCGUUCUUCACGUCUGCGGAAGAGAGAUGCGAGGGUGGUGGUUUCGCGAUCUCAGUCAUCAUCGACGUUCAUUGAGUUCGAAAUAUCGUCUGUUUGGUGAUUGCACUGAUGCCUACACUUUCAGAUUUGUGCGCAAAUUUGGUUUCUCUGCUUCACCUAGAAGCACGCAGAUGCCCCGUUUUGCUCGUGAUGAAACUCAGAUGAGGAUGUGCUCCACGUCUUGUGCAAAUCUGUCGAUUGAGACUGUUCAGAAUGACUGUCCCGUUUCGGAUAUGUUAAUUGAUUCAUUUGGAAGAAUGCAUACUUAUUUAAGGAUUUCAUUAACUGAGAGGUGCAACCUCAGGUGUCAGUAUUGUAUGCCAGCUGAGGGUGUUGAACUUACUCCCAAACCUGAACUUCUAACAACAGACGAGAUUGUCAGGCUUGCUAAUAUCUUUGUCAGUUCUGGUGUGGAUAAAAUUCGUCUGACUGGUGGGGAGCCAACUGUAAGGAAGGAUAUUGAGGACGUUUGCCUGCAGCUGUCUAGCUUGAAGGGCUUAAAGUCUUUGGCCAUGACUACGAAUGGUAUAGCUCUCGCAAGGAAGCUCCCAAAAUUAAAAGAAAAUGGAUUAAAGUCUAUCAACAUUAGUUUGGACACGCUGGUUCCUACAAAGUUUGAGUUCAUGACUCGCCGGAGAGGACAUGAAAAGGUUCUGGAGUCAAUUGAUGCUUCAAUAGGCCUCGGAUACAAUCCUGUGAAAGUAAACUGCGUUGUAAUGCGUGGUAUUAAUGAUGAUGAGCUAUGUGAUUUUGUGGAAAUGACACGGUACAAACCUGUUAAUAUCCGGUUUAUUGAGUUCAUGCCUUUUGAUGGGAACGUGUGGAACAUAAAAAAGCUUGUACCUUAUGCAGAGAUGUUGGAUAGAGUGGAAAAAAGAUUUGGCAAGUUAAAGAAAUUGCAUGACCAUCACACAGAUACAGCCAAAAGUUUUAAAGUUGAUCACUUUUGUGGAACGGUCUCUUUCAUAACAUCAAUGACAGAGCAUUUUUGUGCUGGAUGCAAUAGGUUGCGCAUUCUCGCUGAUGGAAACUUCAAAGUGUGCCUUUUUGGUCCCUCUGAGGUAAGUUUAAGAGAUCCAAUUCGCAAUGGUAUUGAUGAUGAUGGGUUGAAGGAAAUCAUUGGGGCAGCGGUGAAGAGAAAGAAAUUUGCUCAUGCUGAUAUGUUUCAACUGGCAAAGACGGCGAACAGACCGAUGAUACACAUUGGUGGGUGAAGCUCGUUUCAUCCUUGCCACAGUUUUCAUGAGUUCUACACUUGCCUACAGGCAUGGGAACAGUCAAAAGCUUUUCCAGAUUUGACUGGCAUUCAUUGUUGACAUGGCUGUGCUUAUGGCUGAGCUACUGUGACGUCCUGUAAUUUUUGUGUAAAACUUUAGUGGCUGAGCGGGUUCAUUUGUAGUGGUGGACCAUUGGCUUCGCUGAUCAUCUUUGUUUCUGGAGGCACCUCAUAGACGUUUAAAUCACAAAAGACGAGUUUCUUCAGUGUUCAUAUCCUAAUAUGAGGGCGUCCAUUAUGGAUGUAUGGAGACCUGCCCUGUCGAUUCCCGUAUGCUGUACCAUAUGAUUGUGUAAGACCACGUGUUAGAUGCAGUACCAAGUGAAACCCUGUGGCGUGGUAUGGAUGGUGCUGCCCAGUCUUGACCUUUCAAACAGUCUUCAUCAUUGAAUUGAAUUGCUUACGAUAGUAAAAGGUUCUCUUUUCCUCGAA